AUGAAUUAUAAAAAUCUACUUCCAUAAUUAGAGGACAAGAUUCACCAAUUGACUCCAUUUGAAGAGAAAUAUGCAAUCGUGUAGCCCAAAUAUGAAUAGGAGUUAAAUAGAUCAGAUGAAUUACAAAAGAAAAUCAGAAAUUAAGAAUAACAGUUACAAGAGUUAGAGAAAGUGAAGAAAAUAGUACAAGAUUAAACAGUGAUGUUGACAGUACUCUUUGGAGAAUGUGAAGGAUUACGACAACAGUGUACGGACAAAGAUGGAGAGAUUCAGGAUCUAAGAUUUAAUGUAGCUCAAUUAUCUGAUUAGUGAUAUCAUAUACAAUUAUAAACAAUAUUGAACUGAAGAAUAAUUAUUUC